GGGACAGUGGUGAAGGAAAAAAAAAAGAGAAAAAGAAAAAGAGAAAGCUUUGUGAUGAGAUGAGAUGAGACAGUCUACUCUAAUAAAUUAAAAUAAAAUGAAAAUCAACGAUUUUGUAAAGUGAAAAAGAAGAGUCAAGAGUAUGGUGUUAUGUGGUAUUUACUUGGUUAAUGGAGUAGCUUUAUUCACAAAAAGGCAAGACCAACAUCAACAAAGCUUGUUGCCUCUCCAAAUGGGGAUCCAAUUCCAAAUAGCUCAACCCAUCUGAAAUCUCGAUCUCUACUCUAUCUUCUUCCUCAGCCUCGGGUAUCUUCUUCUGCAUUUAGCUUCUUUUUCAAAAACGUUUCUUUACUAAUAUGUAGAUGCUCAAUCAAACAAAGCUAAUUUUUUUUAUUAUUGUUUUCAAUUAUAUGUCUGUAUAUUAUAUAUAUGGUGGUGAUGGGCAAGUGAGAGGGUUUGUGAUUGGGUUGAAAUAGAAGUUGAGCAAGAAUGUACGGCAGUCAAAUGGCUUCUGACUCCAACCGACACAUAAUUGAUACACAUGGCCCCUCCAUGCGUGUUUAUCAAGUUUGGAAAGGAAGCAAUAGGUUUUUUCUCGAAGGAAGGCUCAUAUUUGGCCCAGAUGUGAGGUCAUUGUACCUUACACUCUUCCUGAUUGUGACUCCAGUCAUCCUCUUUUCUGCUUUUGUUUCUCAAACACCCAUUCAUCAUAGACACAGCCUUGGAAAUCUUAUUGUUGUUAUAUGUGUUAUCUUCACAAUAUAUGUUAUAUUUCUUCUAGUCCUUACGUCUGCAAGAGAUCCUGGCAUUAUUCCUCGGAACCAGCAUCCUCCAGAACCAGAAGGAGAAAGGGAUUGGGGGCCAAGUCACACUGAUAAUAGAGGAGGAGCUGGAGUUGGAGCUGGAGCUGGAACUGGAACUGGACCUCCCACAAAAGAUGUCAUGGUUAAUGGAAAUGUGGUUAAGGUCAAGUACUGUCAAACAUGCCUGUUAUAUCGCCCACCACGAUGCUCUCAUUGCUCUAUCUGCAACAACUGUGUUGAGCGUUUUGAUCACCAUUGCCCAUGGGUAGGCCAAUGUAUUGGCAAGCGGAAUUACAGAUUCUUUUUCAUGUUUGUCUCGUCAACAACCAUGUUGUGCUUAUAUGUUUUUGGAUUCUGUUGGGUGAACAUCAAAAAGAUAAUGGAUGUCUACCAUUGUACUCUGUGGAGGGCUUUCAUGAAGUCCCCAAUUUCAGGAAUUCUGAUAUUGUACACAUUUAUAGCAGCUUGGUUUGUGGGAGGUCUCACCGUGUUUCAUCUCUAUCUAAUUACCACCAAUCAGACCACCUAUGAAAACUUUCGGUAUCGGUAUGAGGGCAAAGUAAAUCCUUAUGACCGGGGAUGUAUUGGAAAUUUUGUGGAAGUGUUCUUGUCUAGAAUUCCAAAAUCUAAGAACAAGUUCAGAGAAAAGGUAAAGGGGGAUUCAUCUUCUGCGUUUAACAGUUGGAGGUCUUUAGGCCAUCCAAAUCCAAUGAGCCCUCCUGAGAUGAACAAAACAAGCAUAGACAUGAUGGAGAUGGAGAUGGAGAUGGGGAAGCGACAACCAGUGGGUGCUGAGGAUUUUGAAGAUAUAAGGAGUCAAAUGGAGAGUGUUGGCAUGGAGGCAAGGCAUAGAAACUGGGAAAUUACACCUGAUAUACAGAUGCUGGCUUCUGAGUUUGGAAUGGAGUAUGGUUCCACACCAAGACAGAAAAUUCAUGGAAGUCUUUAGCCUCCAAAACCAAAAUGAAGAUGGGAAUUAAUGAGAUGGCACAUACAUACAUGCACAUGUUACAUAGUAGACAAGCCAAGGUCACAAGGGGAUUGGGCUGGUUUGCUUUUAUUGUGUUAGAACUUUAUGAUAUAUAUAAUGUACACUUGUUAAGCUCAAGACAAGAGAAAACAUUGUAAGCUUUGAUUUAAUUCAAUUCUUUUUUCUUU